AUGUCCCAGGGUGUUGAGCAUGGUGCGCAGGAAGCCGACUUUAAGGCGGAGAAGCGAGAAAAACUAAGGAGGGGGCUUGAGGCCCUCUUUGCUGCAGAAAACACAGGCACGCAUAAUGAUUCGGAUGAGGACAGCGCUGAUGAGGGCCGCCCGUCAGUUGGCAAUGAAAGACGGGGGUCAAGCGCGGUCGCAGAGACAAUUCUUAAUAUUGACACAACAAGCGAGAUUAUUGAGGUCAAUAACAUUCGAUUGUUUUCCUUGGAUGAGUUGGAGCUGGACAAGUUGACUAAUUGUGUUUCCCUUUCCCUUCGGAAGAAUCUUAUCCACGAGUUGACUCCGUUUCCAGAAGAACUUGCAGCGCGCCUUGAGGAGUUGGACCUGUUCGACAACAAGGUCCGCAAGGUGAGGAAUUUUUUUCAACUGUAA